CCUCGAUACCGUUUGUUUGCUGCGAGCAUUUGCCUUAUCACCUUGACUUGUUACCUUUACCACAUUCAUGUACCACCGUUAUUACCCGACAAGUCUCUCGAAUACAACAGGAGUCGCAACGAUUUUCCUCAGAACGCAACAGACCCAAGCAUUGGCACAGUAGUCGCCUCGCAAAGUCGCGACAACACAACAUGGCUGCCAACACUCUUUCCGGAUUGGAAACACAACAUCUUCGUCGCUGACCAAACUGACGCUGCCCUUUCAGUACCUCGGAACAAGGGCAGAGAGGGUAUGACCUACUUGACUUUUAUCAUCGAUGAUUAUUCGUCUUUACCCGAUAUUGUCAUCUUCUUACAUGCUGAACGAUAUCAAUGGCAUAACGACGAUCCAUUGUACGAUGGGGCACGUACACUAUCGCGUCUCCAAAUACUUUAUGUCCUUGAACAAGGAUACGUGAAUCUUCGCUGCGUAUGGACCUUGGGAUGCCCUCACGAGAUACGUCCAUUGGAACAUCCGGUUGACGAGAUCACGAGCGAAACUUCUGCCGACCAAGUCUUCGCUGCUGCUUUCCGGGAUCUUUUUCCAGAAAUUCCGAUUCCUGAGAGUAUUGGUGUGAGCUGCUGCGCGCAGUUUGCAGUAACGAAGGAGAUUAUAUUGAAACGGCCUAGAGAGGAUUAUGAAAGGUAUAGGCGUUGGCUUCUCGAAACCGAGCUAGAAGAUGGCCUGAGCGGACGGGUCCUGGAAUACUCGUGGCAUAUCAUAUUCGGUAAAGAGGCCGUCUUUUGUCCAAGAGCAGAGGACUGUUACUGCAAGGUCUACGGGCUUUGCACCCUACACUGUGACGACGAAGGCAAGUGUCGUGAGCAGUAUACAUUACCACCAUACUCGAGUCUCCCUCAAGGUUGGCCAUGGUAUGGCUGGGAUGGCCAGUGGCAAAAUGCGAGCGCAAGGUGA